AUGCCAAUUGUUUCAGUGCCAGAAAGGGUUAUUUUUCAGAAGCUUGGACGUGAAGAGGAAUUCACAAAUCUCUGCUUUGCUUAUGGCUUAGAACUGGAUGAAAUAACUACGGAACAGGAGCUAGUUGCAAGGGAACAGGGAGCUAACGUUAUCACAGACAAGAACACUGAGACUAUCUACAAGGUUGAAGUACCUGCCAAUCGAUAUGACCUGCUCUGUGCUGAAGGACUCACCCGAGCUCUUCUCAUCUUCCAGAAAAGGUCAGUACAGUCAAUUCGUCCAUUCGUUGUUUGUGCUGUGCUUAGGAACAUAGCCUUUAAUGAAGAUCGUUAUGCCAGUUUCAUCGAGUUGCAAGAUAAACUUCACCAGAAUAUAUGCCGGAAACGGAGCCUCGUUGCGAUCGGAACUCACGACUUGGACACAUUGUUGCCGCCGUUCGUGUAUACUGCAUUGCCACCUCAAAGCAUCUACUUCCAACCCCUGAACCAGACCCAGGCGUACACUUCUGCCGAACUCAUGGAUCUCUACUCAAAGGAUUCUCAUCUGAAAGCCUACCUCGACAUUAUUCGCGACAAACCCGUCUACCCGGUGAUAAAAGACUCUCUGGAUGUAGUUCUUUCAUUACCUCCCAUCAUAAAUGGUGAACAUUCGAAGAUAACAUUAGCAACAAAGAACGUCUUCAUCGAGUGCACAGCCACCGAUCUCCACAAGGCCUCCAUUGUUCUUGACACAAUGGUCACAAUGUUUUCAGAAUACUGCGCCCACCCUUUCACUGUAGACUACAUCAAUAGCCUUCUGGGUAUCAGUUGCAGUGAAUCAGAGAUCAGCGACCUUCUUACACGGAUGAGCCUCAUUUGCCGGAUCGCCGAUGACACAAACUCUCUGCUGUCGGUGCGGGUGCCUCCCACCCGUCACGAUAUCCUCCACCCCUGUGACAUUGCCGAGGAUGUAGCCAUCGCGUACGGCUACGAUCGGAUCGAAGAACACUUGCCCGAAAUUUACACCAUGGUUCACGAUCAACCACUCAACCGACUAACUGACAUGAUUCGCGCCGAGCUUGCACAGUGUGGGUUUACUGAGGCCUUGACGUUCUCUCUCUGUUCGCGAGCGGAUAUCAGUACGAACCUACAGAAACCUCUCGAUCGCCAGCCUGCUGUUCACAUUAGCAACCCCAAAACUCUCGAUUUCCAGGUGAUGCGGACAGUUCUUCUCCCGGGCCUUUUGUCAACGCUUGCCAAUAACCGAAGCCUUCCUCGGCCGUUGAAACUAUUCGAAGUGCAGGACGUUGUGAUCAAGGAUGACAAUAAAGACGUUGGUUGUCGCAACAAUCGUCGCGUGUGCGCAGUUUACUGCAACAAAACGUCCGGCUUCGAGAUAAUUCACGGUGUUCUCGAUCGCCUAAUGCAAGUCCUUGAAGUGACGUAUGAAGAAAAUGCCAAGCCCAGAAACGAAACCUACUUUUCGGGACGCUGUGCAGACAUAAUCUUAUCACCUUCUGAGGUAUCUAUUGGCCGUUUGGGAAUUGUUCAUCCCAAUGUUUUGCGGAGCUUUGGUCUGACCUUCUCCGUUUCUGCUUUGGAAUUCGAUCUGGAACAAUUUUUGUAA